GUCAAUUCAUAGAGCAAGUCCGGAACGGGCUCGGUUUAAUCAUAGAGCAAGGCUUGCUCUAUGGUUUAAUUCUUUCUUUGUCGAUUUAUUAAGGUUCUUUCACAUGAGAAUUAACUCGACGGUUAUGAUACCAUAAGUUACCCAACAUAUUUGACUGUGGAUUAAUUAUUAAGGAAGAAAAUAAAAUAUAAGCUGGUGAUUCACAAAUCCAUGACUACAAAACGCACACCCAAAAUGUAAAUAAACGAAUCGAUAUCGCUUAUCAAGCGUGUACGAGUUGAUUCCAGGUUACCAGCGAAAUAUUUCAACAAAAUGUCGGAGCUCCGGGAAAGGCAGACGGCAUCUGCCAACUCUGCCGCUGAUCGUGAAAAUUCGAACUCUACGGCACAAUUGAACGGUCAGAAUAACGGGGAAGAUGGAGAAAAGAAAAAGAGCAACAAGCCAGCAAACACCGCCUUCAAGCAGCAGAGGUUACCAGCCUGGCAGCCCAUCCUGACAGCGGGCACUGUUCUUCCAGCCUUCUUCAUCAUUGGCAUCAUAUUUGUGCCUCUUGGAGCGCUCUUUCUUGUAACUUCAAAUAAUGUGCAAGAGAAGGAAAUUGACUACACCUCCUGCACCUACACGAACGCCACCACUAAUGAAACCCUCACCUGUACAGACCUGUUUGACAGUCAACCCAACAUGGGCAUCACCUGUAGGUGCGCUGUCACAUUUGAACUAGAGACGGCAAUGGAGGGUCAAGUCUACAUGCUGUACAAACUGACCAAUUACUACCAGAACCAUCGUCGGUAUGUCAACUCUCGAGACGAUCUGCAGCUACUUGGGGAAGCAGCCUCGCAGACCGGUGUCAGUACAGACUGCAAACCCUACGAGAGAAAAGAUGUGGAGAAUGACGACAACAGCACCUCGGCCAUACCCAUUGCACCUUGCGGUGCCAUCGCAAACAGUAUCUUUAAUGAUACAUUUAACAUCACAUUCCUGGAGGAUGGUAACAUGGAUGAGCCAGUGCAGUUAGAUGGAUCUGGUAUAGCCUGGAACAGCGACAAGACCACCAAGUUUGGCAAUCCACCCUCAUUUGAUGGGACAACCAACCCUCCUAAUUGGCUGACAAGUAUCCAGAAUGUCACCAAUGGCUACCAGAAUGAAGACUUCAUUGUCUGGAUGCGAACCGCCGCUCUGCCGACAUUCCGCAAACUCCAUCGUAAAGUUGUGAUUCAGGAAGGCACCGUGUUUGACAAGGGCCUGCCCAAAGGAAACUACAGCCUGACAAUUGACUAUUCCUAUCCUGUACAUAUGUUUGAUGGCACCAAGAGCAUCAUCCUAACGACCACAUCUUGGCUCGGCGGCAAGAAUAAUUUCCUCGGUAUCGCCUACAUUGUCACCGGUUCACUAUGCAUCCUGUUUGGGGCUGUCUUUCUGCUUAUACAUAUCAAGCACGGCCACAGUUCUAUUGCGUGUAUUGACUCACACACUGCAAUGUCUAGAGUAACAGACUUUGAGGAAUUGUAGAAAGUCACUCUUAGCAAAAUGGUCAUGGAAGUUACGAGAGGGAAUAACCUGGAGGCAAGUUCUACCAGCGAAUUGGAGUAGUGUACCACGGGUGUGUAUGCUAUCAGGGAAGGGCAAAAUUAUGGUGCACAUUCAACUAGGUAUUUGGUAUGGAGUCUGUGCACUGGCUUUGUCGUUCGUGUUAGGCUUGGGCGAAGUUGGUUCCUCGGAUUCAAGAAGUCAUUCAAUUCAGAAUUGACUACAAAUUUCCUGGCCAAAAAAAAUAUGUUAGUUUGGGAGAAGCAAGUCAUGAUGUAAAUAAAUUGAUUGCAGUUGUAGAUCGUUAUGACAGGGAAGUAUAUUUUUCAAAAAGUUGAGGUAUGAUUCCAUUUUAGGUUUGAUUUUGCUCAAGCCUUAUUCGUUCGACUAAAAUCACUCUGUAGAUUUUAACGUAAGAUAGGUAUGCUGUAUUUAUUUCUGUUUUAAAAAAGGGAUUGCAUGUAAUGCUAGUGCCGAUAAUUAUAUUUAUCUCUGCGGAAAAAAGAUAUGCAAAGUUCAUCGGAACCGUUGCAAGGCAUGCAACAAAAUUGAGAUGAUAGAAUGUUUGAAAAUUAAUGUUUCUUUUUGCUAGAAAGUGCUUAGGAUUUGAUUAAUGUGGUUUUUGUAUCAUGUUUUAUCACUGAUAAUGCAAGAACCCCCCCCCC